AUGGUGGAAUUGUUAUUUAAAAUUAAAUAUGAAAGUAUUAAGGGCGUGUUAACGAAAAUGAUUCGAAAAAAUUUAACGAGAAGUCAAGAACAGAAAUUUAUUUUAAUGAUAUCUGAUAACUUUUUUAGAAAAAGAAAAGAGUUUAUGCUAAAAUUAUUAGAACAUUCUAUAUUUAGAAAUGAAAUGUUCAUUACCGCUUUGAUUAAGGUAUUAUACUCAUUUAAGAUUCAUUUAUUGUUUACUUCUAUAAAGAUCAUUAUCAACCAAUUGUAG